CUCUCUCGGUCCGCAGCUCCGUCUCUCUCUCCUCUCUCUGCUGCUAUUCUGGGAAGUGGCGCUUGGAAUAACCCCCGUGUGAGCAGAGUGUGUGCGUGUGUGUCUCCUGAUUUCGCCCCGACACACACACACACACUCACACACACACACAGCUAGAGGCUCACAACACAGCCAGAUCACUGAGUGUCUGUCUGCAGCAGAGCAGCUCCGGCAGCUCCGCUCUGCUCGGAAACCAAACCUUUUAAAAACGGAUUUCGGACAUUUUUCUUUGGUUUUACGCGGAACCUUCGCCUCUCCUGUGCGGCUCCGCUGUUUUCUGCGCCCGCUGUGGAUUUUUACCAGCCAUCUUCUGCUGUCGGAGAGCCGCCAGGGCUCGUUCCGGGAUCGGCUCCACUGUCAGCGGGCUGCUGCUGUUGUCAUUCCGCGCAGGCUGAAGACUCGGAUGUUUGAGCUGCAGGACAAAACGGCUGCUGAAGGAUGGCGCCAUAAGGACACUUCCUGUUGGGACUAACGGCGCCGCCGGGUGGGAAGCAGCAGGUUUUCACUGAGAAAAUUGAAAACCCUUUGAAGACACAGAGAAGUUCAGCAGCAAGAAAAUCUGAUUGCUGAAGGAUUCUGCUGUGAUUGGGAAUGAAGAGCAAUGCACAACAAAGUUGUUGAGAAUACAGCAUGUGAAAAGGCAGUGUGCAUCUCACCCUUUAAUUACCCCCAGACUCUCCAAUCAGCCUUGUUCAGAGAUGGAUUCUCUGUUUCCGUUUGUUUAGACGUGUUAGCAACCCUCCAAGGUUCAGUUAACAUGCUCGGCUGCACUGGAACCUUUUAAACCCUUCGGUACCUUCCCUCUGAACUAUCCUUCCUUUCCUCUCUCACUAAACUGAAGAGGAGAUUCAAAGAAAUGGAGGCCCAGGAAGCAGCUGCCCAUGGGCAAAAAUGCUUGACCAAGGAAAUCGUGAAGGAGAAAGCACCUCUGGAGAGAAAGUGGGCAUCUGAGCCUACUGCAAACACAAAACAGAGCACUUUUUCUGAUCCAGAAGUGAAACAUCGAGAGAGUUUGCCCUGUGGGGCAACGGGAGGAUCAGCGCCCCAUCAAAAGUAUGGGAUACCAGGCAAUUCUGCAAAGAUGCUAUCUGGAUCUUCUGCAGUUGGGGCAAUAGGGGGUUCACCAUCCCAAGACCCCCAAGGACCUUUUGCACAAGGUUUUCAAAGGGGGUACUUCCAUUUGGCCCAGCCGUACCCUCAGCAUCCCCAAUCUGAACGCUUCGUCUCUGGAGCUAAACCACAGCCCGGCCUGGAGCCGCACGCCUGGCCGUUUGUUGGUCAGUUGCCCUCAGAUGACUUAUACCCUGUAGGACAUCCAGGCCAUACUCAUCCACAUGGGGCAGGGAGGUUUCCCAGGCAAAAAUCUCCUAGUUUACCAAGUUCGUUUGGACAGUACUCCCACUCCGGCUCUGAGCCUGGGGAGGAGGGCUACAGCAAAAAAGAGCAAAAGCCAAAAAAGCCUGGGAAGUACCUCUGUCCCUACUGUAAUCGAGCAUGCGCCAAGCCCAGUGUACUGAAGAAGCACAUCCGAUCGCAUACCGGAGAGCGGCCAUAUCCAUGCAUACCCUGCGGCUUUUCCUUUAAAACCAAAAGCAACCUUUACAAGCACCGCAAGUCCCACGCUCACGCCAUUAAAGCUGGACUGGUGCCGUUUUCAUCUGAGCCAUCUGUGGCCCCCAGUGGAGACACGGAUCAGGCAUCCCCAGCUGGUGAGGCAGAGGUGCCCUCAGACGGAGAGCAGAGUACGGACACAGAUGAGGAGGGUGUUGAGACCUCCACCAUGUUGAUGGAUAAAGACAGUCCCAUCCCACAAAUCUCCUUUGAAGCAGACAAGAAUGGAGGUAGUGCAGAACCAGCAUAUGCAGACUCGGCUGAGGAGCUCCCCAUCGGAUCAAUGAAAGUGCCUAUCCUCAUUUUCCCCAAGCCUGGGGGAGUUCCACCUACUGGGAUGGAGUGUCCCCCAUUUCAUGACAUAAAAGGCUCUCAUCGCAUGUUGGGUUCACAGGCAGGUGGGAGAGCACGUUCGCUAGAUGACUCCCCCAAUGCCAAACAGCGCUUGGCCCUGAGGUUGAUUGAUAAGGAAGGGCAGAACUCAGAUCCCGGCAUGACCCAGUCCCUUAACCUCCUCAGUCCUCAUAGCAAAGGCAGCACAGACUCAGGCUACUUUUCACCCUUUGACAGUGCCGAGCUGCAAAUAGGCACUCCCAAUACUAACGUCAAGACAUAUGAAGAGAUUAUGUUUGGUCGGACUUGGUACAACCGACCCAACUCCAGGUCGAGACAGUCAAUCACGGUAAAUUUAGUUGGGGCAGACCCCAAUACCCUGGCAACCUUAAAGCAGGCAGGGACUCUUUCAGACAUGGGGAAGAUUGUGGAGGAUCCUGUUUCCUUUACAAGAAACAUUCCAAUGUGUGGAGAAGCCAAGCAGUAUCCAACUGGCCCCUGCCAAACCAGUACAGGACUUUUGGAGCCACCAUCAGAUUCUGGGACUCUUAUAAGGAGUAACUCCAUGCCAACUCCAUCUCCUCCUAACCUCAGUGCCCCUCCGGGGAUUCGAGGCAGUGUUUCCUUUGAUAACAUGGUGGCACCGGACGAUGUGUUCUACCCACCAGGUCACCCCAGACUCAGACGACAGGGUGCAUUCGAACAGUCGGGCAAUGACGCCCACAUUGGAGAGGCCGAGGGUUACGGACACAUGGCCAAAAAUUUUGUCUCAUCUCUGGGUAUGAAGAUCAGUGAGCGUAGCCCGGGAGUCCCAGAGAACAUUGCUUACAGCCCGUAUGGUACAAAGGUCAGCAUGUCAGAAAUAGCUACGAGGAAAAGGCGGAAAGAGAAGAGUGUUGGGGAUGAUGAGGACAGUCCUGGGCACUGUGACAGUAGCUGCAGUGGCUCAGUUGAGAUGAUGGGGGACUAUGAGUUUAAACAAGGUAGUUUUGAUGGGUCAAGAGCCACACCAAUAGGCAAAGGCUCUCUUCAUGGUGCCCACAGCCAGUCUGACAGCUUUGAUACAUGUCCCAGCAUGUGCUCUGAGGACAUUGCGCUAGUUCCUGACUUGGAAUGCAGGAAGGCAACUCGCGGUUCAGUUAUCCAACAUACUGGCAUAGUGUCUCGUCCAAAUUCCUUUGAGAAGUCAGAGUCAUUUGACCAAACGGGUUACCAGUCAGCAGAUAAGGUCCCAUCCAGUCAAUACUCAGAGCAGUCUGACAAUGACAUCUUUGAAGAUGCUUUGAGUCCUGAAUCUGCUCUUCUCAAGUCUGACAGCAUGGAUCAGCAAGCUUCCUGUGAGCUAGCUCCUCUUUCAGCUUCUUCAGCUGCAGCCUCACCUGGCCAACCAUAUCCCAACUCACAGAGACUGGUACGACAACCUAACAUCCAAGUCCCUGAGAUCAGGGUGACAGAGGAGCCAGACAAGCCAGAGAAGGACACCGAAGUUCCUGCCUCCAAGGAGCCUGAGAGGCAGCAGCAGCAUGUUGAGGAGUUCCAGCUGCCACAGAGGAGUGACACACUGUCUCAGAUGCCAACAGAGAAGCUGCCUCCCAAGAAGAAGAGGCUGCGUCUUGCAGACAUGGAGCACUCGUCUGGGGAAUCGAGCUUUGAGUCGACCUGCACCAGCCUUUCCCGAAGUCCCAGUCAAGAGAGUAACUUGUCCCACUCGUCCUCUCUCUCCAUGUCCUUCGACAGAGAUGAGGGUCCCAAGUCUGUCUCACCAACUAAACAGGAUGAUUCUAUGACCUCUGGUGGAGCAAAGCAGUCAGAGUUUCUGACCGUCCCGGGUAGUGGCUAUUCCAGCCACCAUCAGCAGAGGGAGAUGAGGAGAUCUUCAUCUGAGCAGGCGCCGUGCACGUUGCCCACAGAGUUACCGGAAAUGCGCAGCAAAUCUUUUGAUUAUGGAAACUUGCCUUCCUCAAGGCAAGGCGAGAUGUACACCAGCGUAUCGGCAAUGAAGGAACGGAGACGCGGAUAUCUGGUUCGACAGGCUUCACUGAGUGUUUAUCCAGAAACAGUCCUCCAGGAAGCAGUCGCACCUGAAAUUUCAAUCAAGCAGGAGAAUCUGGAGCAUGGCAUAUGGGCCAGCCCAACAGGUUCUCCACACAGCAGCAUCGAUCUGCCCAGCAGAACCAAGAGGCCUGCCAGCAGUACCGGAGGGUUAGGAUCCCACCAGCAGUUCCACCAGCACAGCCUCCAGCAGAGCAUCAGUGAGGACAGCCUGCAAGAUGAACCCAUCUAUGGAAGGUCGCAGCAGCAUCGCCUCCAGGCCCAGAGCUCCUCAUCUGAAGGAGAACAUCCAGGCCUGGAGGUGAUGAGUAAGGAUUUAUCCCACCAGUACCAGAACGCCGCCCCGCUGAUCUCCAUCUCCCAGCCGGGUCUGUUCUGGAGCCAGGAGUCCGAACAGAGGCAACAGCAGACCCUCCAGGCUCAACAGCAACUCCUGAAGCUGCACAUCCGAUCCCAGGGCAGCCUGGCCGGACAUCCGCAGACGUACGACGGAAAACAGGACGGCUCACAGAUUUACUCCUCCUCCAUCUCCGGUCGGACCCAGCAGCAGCAGAGCCUGGGCCCACUCUCCUCCAAACACUCCCUGCCUGGCUCCACCGCCGCCCUGCUGCUGCCUCAGGUCCAGCCCGUGUUUGCCACGCAGAACCCAGGAUCCCAGGCCUCACUGCCCGGAUUAUUGGUUCCUGUCAGGAUCCAAACCAACGUGCCGUCGUUUGGCAACGCUAUGUACACCAGCGUUAGCCAGCUGAUGGCUUCUUACGGUUGCGGAGUGCAGGCUUUGGACUCGGACGGCAGCGGGACCCCCAAUAUGUCUCCUCCGCUUGUGAACAUUGGAAAGCCAGCGGGCGGAGUGGGAGGAGGGAUGAGCGGAGCCGGAUUCAACCUGUCCCUCCUCCUGGGGCAGGUUGACGUUGCCGGGUUGCGGUUUCCACCGCCGGAGCAACAGGUGAACACGGGCAUCCCGCUGUCGCUAACAUCAGGAACCAUAUCCACUACCGACGCCUCGGCAUCCAACAUGGUGGCCAGCAAACGCAUGCUUUCACCGACCAGCUCCCUGGAGCGCUUCUUUGAGACGAAGCAGCAGAAACGGGUGAAGGAGGAACGGAUGUACGGCCAGAUAGUCAAAGAGAUGGGAGCUGUGGAGCUGAGCGGAGCCGAGCACACUUCCAAGAAACAAGGAAGAGGAUUGAAGACUGAAGAGUCCGUCGACGAUUCUGAACGGAUGUCUUCUUCUCCUCCAAUCAGCGACUUCCCCGUCGCAGCCAAGAUCGCCAUUCCCGUCCGAUCUCCAGCUCCUCACCUGUCCGACGUGCCGCGUGUGGAGAGCUUCACUCCGCCUCUUCAGAUCAUCACGGAUCGCUCCCCGGCUCCAGGUGGGCGGGACUCCCCGGAGGAGCUGGACGUGGACGAAGCGCCGCCGCGGUGCGGCUCCAGCCCGGAGCCCAUGCUCUCCUCUAACGACGCCGAAGACGCCAAGAAGCAACCCACAACGCCGCAGCUCUUUGUAGAGGCCGGAGCCCAGCAGCUGUUCCAGUUCCCCAGCCUGCGCACCAUGAGCCGCGUUAGCUGGUGCUUCCGGAGCUACACCAAACCCAACAGCACCCCGGCCGCCGCCCAUAGCUCCGUCUACAGCUCAUGGUGCGUCAGCUCGUACAACCCGAACCCACUGCACCUCAGCACCAAGGCCGCGCUGUCUCUGCUCCGGUCCAAGCAGAGGACCAACACCGACCUGAUGUACACCGUAGCCGCCAUAGCACCAUCCAGCUCUGGGAAGCUGGUGUCCUCCGUGGCCUGGAAGCUGAGGUUUGAUCAGCUGAAGCCGGAGCUGAUGCCAGUGGACGUCAGCCAUUUUGGGAGGAAGAUGAAGGGCGUGGCGUCAUGGGACCGCUCAAAGGAAGAGCAGGUGGAGAAGGAAGUCUCUGUCAAGCAGCCAGCUGCCGAACCGACCCGCAUCAAGAUCUUCGAGGGCGGGUAUAAAUCCAAUGAGGACUACGUCUACGUGCGCGGCCGCGGCCGGGGGAAGUACAUCUGCGAGGAAUGCGGCAUCCGCUGCAAGAAGCCCAGCAUGCUGAAGAAACACAUCCGGACGCACACCGACGUCCGACCGUACGUCUGCAAGUUCUGCAACUUCGCCUUCAAAACCAAAGGAAAUCUGACGAAGCACAUGAAGUCCAAGGCUCAUAUGAAGAAGUGUUUGGAGUUGGGAGUCUCCAUGUCGUCGGUGGAAGACGGCGAGGCCGACGACGGAGAACUUGGAGAGGAAGGUCAGAGGUCAUCAGAGAAAGUCUCCAGAGGCGUGGUGGCCGAGCAUCAGUUCUCCGACGCCGACGAGUCGGACGGCGGCGAGGACGACGGCGACGAGGUGGACGACGAAGACGACGACGAGGACGACUACGACGGAGAUUCCACGCCGAAGACGCGUUCGCGCUCCACCAGCCCGCAGCCGUACGCCCUGCCGGCGAUGUCCAUCACAGCUGUGGCCGCCGCCCAUGGCGCCCCUCAGCUUCCCCACCAGGGGCCGCCGGACCUCCUGGGCCACUCCAGCAGGCCGCCUCUGUUCGGGUACUUCACCACCGUGCCGAGCAUCCAGAUCACGCCGCAGGCUCCGCUCCCGGAGCGCGCCCCGGCGGAGCAUCAUCGAGGUGCGGAGCGGAGCCGACUGCUGGCUCCGCCCUCCUCCUCCAUGGACGAAGACCUCCCCGUCCCUUCUCCGGACUUCUCCUCGCCCUCCUCCCGCCUCUCCUCGCCCGGCCUGGACCUCUCCGGCUGCCCGUCCCCCGGCUCCCCGUCGUCGUCCCCCUCCACCUGCCAUUACCUGUCCCCUCGGCGGGACAUCUCCCCACUGCGCCACGUCUCCCCCAAGAGGGACCUGGGGGUGGGAGGAUACCGCCGGGACCUGUCCCCGCGGCGGGGCCACCUCUCGGUGCUCUCCCCUCUCUCACGCCCAACGUCUCCAGGAGGAAGGGACUACAAGAGAGACCUUUCACCGCGAGGGCGCCACCGGGGCAUGAUCCGGCCGCUGUCCCCCCGCCGAGGCCUCUACCAUCAAAGUCCUCACAGCGGGGCCCGGAGCCCGAGGGCCAAUCAUCAGAUGGUGGUGGCGGCUCAGGGAGAUUUCCCUCUGGGGCGGCGCAGCACCACUGCAGAGAUGGAAAAGGAUCUCCGUCCCGGUUCUUCAUCACCAUCUGAACGGGACCACGGUUCUGCCCGGUGCUUCCAGUCCGGCCUGCCUCACCAGGUUCUGUUCAGCCAUCUUCCAACCCACUCACAACUCCAGGUGCGUUCGCCGUUCCCGAUGAUUCCCAUCGGAGGAAUCCAGAUGGUCCACUCCGUCCCGACGUCCGCCACCACGCCGCUGGGCCAGCAGGGGGCGCUGCCCGCCGCCGAGAGGGGGCGGCGAGGAGGGGAGAGGCUGGAGGGGGGCGGAGUCAGAGACGAAGUAGGCGGAGUCAGGCUGGAGCAGGAAGAGAGCAUCCACACCUGCACCAAGGCCAUCGCCUCGCUCUGCCUCGACCCGCAGUGUGUGGAAGGAGGAAGAGCGGCUUCAGCUUCCUCAGCGUCGUGUCCUGACUCCCAUCAGCAGCAGCAGCAGCGCUGCUCCUCCCCGCAUCCGCCCGCCAUUCAGCACUUUAGCGGCCUUGAGCUCCGGCCUUCCUCCUCUUCCUCGCCCGCUCCUCUUCCUCCCAGCCCGGCGCCCGACUCCCGGGCGGCGACGGACGAAAAGGAGGCGGAGAAGAAGGACGCCUCCUGAAACCGAGGGGGCGGAGCUUUGGUUCCUGGAAACAGGAAGUACAGGAGCGGAGAGAGGAAGUGGGACUUUUGCACGCUUUGUUCAGCGGAGCGCUUCUCUCUUGGGGUCAAAGGUCGACCUGCCUGGACGUUUAAAGACGCUGCGGCGCGUAACCCGGCCUGCAGCCGGACUUCCUGGUGCCUUUCCUUCAGCGCCUCGGCUUCUGGAUGCAGGAAGGUAAAUGUAAAUAUGACAGUAUCUCCUCUUCUUUUGCAUAUCAGCUUUGUAAGAAAUGCAACCUCCUCCUGUUUCCUCUUUUUAAUUUUUCGGACACCUUAAUAAACGUUGAUGUGAAGUUCUGGAUAUUACCAUUACGUACGGUUGCACUAAAACAUAUUUUUAUAUGAGUGAAAUAAAAAAAAUGCUUUUUUGUGUACAGCAGUGAUUCUAUAAUACUAUUUAUUGUUACCAUGUUUCAUAAAUUGUACAUUUUUUCUAAAUGUGGUGGAUUCCUUUUCUAUGUACAGCAUGGGGUUUCGCUUACAUGAGGCGAGGAUGUGAACACUGAACUACGGCUUUCUAUGUAUUUAUACAGUCAGAGUGAGACUGAAGAUGUACUCCAAUAUUUACCCUGCAUAUGAAUGCAUACAGUAUAUGGAUCCCACACGACUAUAUCUGCACUUAGCAUCUAGAGUUUCAUUGUUGUAGUUUGCUUGUACAUUUUUGCUGCUUUUCGCCUGGCGCUGCUUGACUUUCAGUUUUUACUUAAACGUUGAAGUAGAGCUGCACGAUGGCAGAACAACACGCAGGAGUGACGUUAUUGAAAUUAUUCUGUUACAUAUUUUCAGCAGUUUGUUGCUGAAAUCCGUUAAGUUUUGCAUCAAACAUGCAGAAUUUGAAAAAAAAGAGCAAUGUGCUUCGUAACUCAUAAGAGUUAGCAACAAGGACUUCCAAAAUAAAGUUUCAGUCCAGCGAUUGCAGAAGUUCACCUUAAAAUGAACAAUGUUUGUGAGUUUAUUGCAAAUUUUCUUUAAAAAUAAGAAAAACAUUGAGUUUAAGUGAUGCUAACUCCCACCUGCAAGUGGCAGUGUUUCUUCUACUCACCGUGUCAUAUUAAAGUUCAUCAGUUAGUCUGGGAAGUAACAAACACUCCCACUUACAGUCAUACAGAUAAUUUAUUUCCAAAAUUCCUUGCAGAUAUUUUUAAAGAAUCAAAAUCAGUUUUGAUUGAAGAAAAAUCCCAAAAUCAAACCUGGAUCUGGUUUACAGACACUUUGUAUCAGAUUUGGUCCUGGAAUUAAAUCAGGCCUGAAAAAGUGACCAUGUUGGCUUUUCAAAAUAAAGCUCUACAAAAUAAAAGUCAAAAUAUCACAGAAAGAAGCCAGAAGCUAAUAUCUGAUUUUCAAAAUAAAAGGGGUGUGAUUAAUGUAUUAAGUUAGCUAACAAAUAAUGGAACAGGAUUGUUAGCCCUUCAAAAUAAGACUCGAGUUUUUAUCAGACAGAUGAUAGAAAAUUGCGAUUCCACAUUAUUAACAGACUAAACUGAUAAACCUUCAAAAUAAAAGCUGUCUUUGUGUACUCCAGCUUCAGUGUAACAACAUGCUAACGCUAAAAACAGGCCCAGUAAUAAUGCUGAACUCGGCCUCUGGGCCGGUGAUUGUUUCUGACCAAAAGAUGGAAAUUAUUAUUUUAACUCCAAACUUACAUCAACAUGUACUUUUAAUAUUCAUUUCUGUUGGAGAGAAAAAUACUCUGCUGCUGCUGUGGGUGCAGAAAAUGUUCACAAAAAGCUGAACUUGUGUUUAAUUUUGACAGUGAGGGUGUGGUUGGACGUAUCGUGCAGCUCUGGUUUGAAGCUUUUAUUUUGGUGAUUUGCUCAGCGCAUGAACUGAAUGACGUUUGUGUGAUGCGCUCCUCGCUCUGCAGCUGUUGGCAUCCAAACAGGAAACAACCAAACAUUCCAGUCACAAACACGCCGGGACGUCUGCAGCAGCAACGCGCCUCUUCCAACUUCAACCUGCAGCCUUUCUGACGAUGCACCUUAUUUUUUCCUCCUGAUCCGUCGUUUGUUUCUUGGUGACUGAAUCUGAAAACUUCAGCAGUAAUAAUCCUGCACUGCUCUGCUGCACAGCCCCGUUUUUCAAGCAAUACUUCAGCCAAACUCUGCUUCACCAGCAGGGAGUGAAUUUGUUGCAAGGCAACAAUGGUGUACUUACAAAAAACUAGAAUCAGGAGAAGAAGGGAGCAGUUGUGGUUAAAGAGGCGCAAGUUUUUUUUUGAGUUCUGGACCGUUUGGGCCGAGUCGGGCAGGCUGCAAUGUGAGUGUCUGUAUUCUGUAUCAGUGUGUAUUCAACCAGUAUAUCCUCUUCGUACGACUUCUUUUUCUAUUUUGAUUCUCCCUCUCAUGUAUCAUGACAACAAUGAUGUCUCUUUCUCUUAUCAAAGCACAAGUCAUUGCAUAUGAAUGACAACUAUACAGAAAAAAGGAUAUAAAAAAGGUAAACGUGCAUUUAGAGGGGUGUCUCUUGUGACGGUGUUCUGUGGAAUUAAAACGACUAUCAUGUUAUGAUCCGAGGUGCAACAAAGAGUCGCAGUAGAAGUGAAAGAAAUGUUUCCAAAUAAAUAUAAACCAACAGCU